AUGUUGAAGGUGGAUACCCAUUCCACUGGAGAUCGUCUACGUAUUGUAAAAGAGUUCCAUUUCCCAGUGGCCUCUUUCACUGUUCUAAUUCUUUGGCUAAUUGAUUCUCGAAAAUUGUGGGACUAUUUUUAUAGCCUUGAGGUAACACAGUCCAGGCAUCAGACCGUGAAAUACUGGUUUGCUGCCGGGAUCUGUGUUAUCACAAAGUCGCAGAACGCCGCUGCAAUGGAAUCUUUCAAGUGGAAGAACAAGACGUCCCUGCAGAAGCUGUGCAUGCUGCGGUGCAUGCGACCAGACAGGAUGACCUACGCCAUCAGGAACUUUGUGGAAGAGAAGAUGGGGAGUAAGUUUGUGGAAGGAAGGAGCAUUGAGCUCGCCAAGGUGUACAAGGAGAGCAGCCCCUCCUCGCCCAUGCUCUUCAUUCUCUCCCCUGGCGUCGACCCACUGAAAGACGUGGAGGUCCUGGGCAAAAAACUGAACUUCACCAUCGACAACGGGAGGAUCCACAACGUGUCGCUGGGGCAGGGCCAGGAGGUCGUGGCAGAACAGGCCCUGGAGGCAGCAGCCACGCAGGGCCACUGGGUCAUCCUGCAGAACAUCCACCUGGUGGCCCGGUGGCUGGGCACGCUGGAGAAGUUGGUGGAGCAGUACAGCCUGGGCAGCCACGAAGACUACCGGGUGUUCAUGAGCACCGAGCCGGCCCCCAGCCCCGACACGCACAUCAUCCCUCAGGGGCUGCUGGAAAACUCCAUCAAAAUCACUAACGAGCUGCUGACGGGCACGUACGCCAACCUGCACAAAGCCCUGGACCACUUCACCCAGGACACACUGAUGUGCAGCAAAGAAAUCAAGUUCAAAUGCAUCCUGUUCACUUUCUGUUACUUCCACACGGUGGUGGCCGAGCGGCGCAAGUUUGGCCACCAAAGUUCCACUCAGGGCUGGAACAGACCCUACCCCUUCAACAACGGGGACAUGACCAUCUCCAUUAACGUCCUCUACAACUACCUGGAGGCCAACCCCCAGGUGCCAUGGGACGACCUGCAGUACCUCUUUGGUGAGAUCGUGUAUGGGGGACACAUCACGGACGACUGGGACCGGCGGCUCUGCCGGACGUACCUGAGCGAGUACGUGCGCCCCGAGAUGCUGGAGGGGGAACUGUCCUUGGCCCCGGGGUUUCUCAUCCCCCCCAGCCUGGAUUACAAGGGCUACCACGAGUACAGCGAUGACAACCUGCCCCCCGAGAGCCCCCACCUCUACGGCCUCCACCCCAACGCCCAAAUCGGCUUCUUGACCGUCACUUCGGACAGGCUUUUCCGCACGGUUUUGGAAAUGCAGCCCAAAGAAUCGGACGCUGGAGGAGGCUCAGGCGUCUCCCGAGAGGAAAAGGUGAAGUCAGUCCUAGAUGAGAUCAUUGAGAAGCUGCCGGAGCCCUUCAACAUGGCAGAGAUCAUGGCGAAAGCGGCCGAGAUGACCCCCUAUGUUGUAGUUGCCUUCCAGGAAUGUGAAAGGAUGAACCUCCUGACCCAUGAAAUCAGGCGCUCCCUAAAAGAACUAGACUUGGGAUUAAAGGGAGAGCUAACCAUCACCUCAGACAUGGAAGAACUGGGGAACGCUCUCUUCUACAACAGCGUCCCGGAGUCCUGGACGCGCUACGCCUACCCCUCCCUGCUAGCCUGGUACACAGACCUGCUCCUGCGCAUCCGGGAAUUAGAAGUCUGGACAACAGACUUUGUGCUGCCUGCGACGGUGUGGCUGGCUGGAUUCUUCAACCCCCAGCCCUUCCUCACCGCCAUCAUGCAGUCCACGGCCAGGAAAAACGAGUGGCCUCUGGACAAGAUGUGUCUGUCCGUGGAAGUGAGCAAGAAAAACCGCGACGCUAUAACAGCUCCACCCAGAGAAGGCUCCUACGUGCACGGACUAUUCAUGGAGGGCGCUCAGUGGGACGUCCCUUCCAGUGUGAUGGCAGAGGUUCGGCUGAAGGAGCUGACGCCCAUGAUGCCCGUCAUCUUCAUCAGAGCCAUCCCCGUGGACCGCGUGGAAACCAAGAACGUCUAUGAGUGUCCUGUCUACAAGACACGGAUGCGAGGUCCCACCUACGUCUGGACCUUCAACCUAAAGACAAAAGAAAACGCCACUAAGUGGAUCCUCGCCGGGGUCGCUCUGCUCUUACAGGUCUGAAAGUUAAACAGCAAACACUUCUACUUGCAGAAAAACUCAAAGUUGUAUAACUCGGUCCAAGUUUGAUUGUACCAGGACUAUUUUAGCAAAGUAUUAAUAAAAGCAUCGCUGGAACUGCUCUCA